AUGGCCUCCGAGAAGCCCUCCCACAGGUUCGACCCUGACUUCACCAGGUUGGUGAUCGAGGGCAUGGGCCCAAACACCACACCCCGUAACCGUCAGGUCCUCGGUGCCCUGAUUCGCCACAUCCACGACUUUGCCCGUGAAGUCGAGCUCACCAUCGAUGAGUGGAUGGCGGGCGUCAAGUUUGUCAACUCACUUGGCGAGAUCUACGCCGCCAGCAAUAAGACCCGGAACGAGACACACCGUAUCUGCGACGUCAUCGGCCUCGAAUCCCUUGUCGAUGAGAUUGCCCACAAGAUCGUCUCAGAGGGCAAACUUGACCCCACCUCGUCCUCUAUCCUGGGCCCUUUCUGGUCCCCCAACGCUCCGUUCCGGGACAUGGGGAGCGUCAUCUUCCAGGACGGUGUCCCCGCAGGCGGCCGCGUCGUCAAGAUGCACGGCGUGAUUCGCGACAUUCUCACGGGCGCGCCCAUCCCCAACGCCGUCUUCGACAUUUGGCAGGCGUCGUCCAACGGCAAAUACGACUUCCAGGACCCGGAGAACCAGACGCCCAACAACCUCCGGGGCAAGUUCCGCGCCGACUCCGAGGGCCGGUACUGGUUCUACUGCCUGCACCCGACGGCCUACUCCUUGCCGCGCGACGGGCCCUCGUGGCAGCUCCUGACCCUCAUGGACCGCCACCCCAUGCGGCCCGCCCACAUCCACAUCAUGGUCACCCACCCGGACUACCAGGGCUGCACCACCCAGCUGUAUCCCAGCGACGACCCCUGGAUCAAGAGCGACACCGUCUUUGCGGUCAAGGACGACCUCGUCGUGGACUUCAAGCCCAUCCAGGGCGACGACAAGGCCACCCUCGAGCUCGAGUACAAUGUCAACUUGGCCCCGAAGGGCUACAAGGGCAAGAUUUGA